GUUAUAAAUUUAAAAAUUAUUGUUAUUAUGUAAACAAGAAAAUUGUUUGAUUUUUGUGUGAGAUGAGAAUAGUUUAUUAAAAAUGCUUAGGCCUAUUUAAACAUUUAUGUUUUGAGAAUGGAGAAAAACUCUAGAUAUUUUGAAGGUUGUGGUAGGGAGGGGCCUAUUAACUGCAUAUUUCUAACAGAAUUUCAUCACACUGCAGGCCCAAAAAUUACCUGUCAGGUUCCUGAAGAUGUCAUUGCCAAGGAUAAAUUUGAGGCCGUUAGUGUAUAUAUCAUUCCUAAGGCUCAGCUUCAAAGAAGUACAUUAACAAUCACUGUACGUGACUUGAAAAUUCUCGGUUUUCCAGUUCGAAUUGACAACAAGAAAUAUGCAAGAAAUGCGUUUUAUUUCAACCUGUGCUUUGUGUUUGACGUAUGGGCCCGAACUGUGCAGUACGAACCGCUCGUGAAGAAACUCUCCGAUUAUCUGACGGCAAUGGAGAUGGAGAGUAACUUCCUGUCCCAGCAGGAGCAGAACAGCAAGAAUCGUGAAUGUCUCGUGACACUGCUUUACCAGGUCCUACAUGAUCUCAACAGCUACAAGAUGUGUACACUUUCAGGUGGAACAAUGACGACUCACCUGAAGGUUGUACGAGUCUGCUCAGACCCUAUUCAGGUCCUCGACCACCAUGUUCCAGUGUUCCUUGAGACCAACGCUCUGUUCCGAUCUGACCAGUGGGACCUGACAACACAGCAGGUGUUACCUUACAUAGAUGGCACGAAUCAUGUGGCAAAAAUAGCCUCAGAAGCAGAUGUAGAGAACAAUUUAGUCAAAUCGUGUCUUCAAAAUUUGGUGUACUACGGUCUAGUCAGUAUGGUUCCGAUAUUCCAGUACUCGAACAUGUACACUGCCACACCCAAGCUGCGCCGGUUGGCUCUGGACAAACGGUUGCACGAAGAAUGUCUUCGCUCAGUAGCAAAGUCAGGUCGCCAGUUGCCCUAUCUGCGUGAUGUGUUCCGGCUGUACGCGAGUAUGACCCACGGAGUCACAAUGAGUGACCUGUGUGCACGCUACAACCUCGCACAGCUGCAUGUGGACGAACGGAAACUGGUGCAGUUUGGUGUUUUGGAGGGCUUGAUCCGGCGGGUGGAGAGGUUUCCGGUGCUGGUGACGGAGAGCUGCCAGGGACCCCUACACCCGCACUUCACGGGACUCCAUUCUGUGGACGAAUUGUGUUGUGUGCUGGGACUCAAGGCUCAGAACCUCCUAGACCAGGUGGACAGGGACCCUGCCGCUGUCUUUAUAUGGAAGUGAAUUUCGCCAAGGAGCAAGCUGAUUAAUCCGUGGAACCCCUUGCAGUUAUAGUUAGACCCCAGGUGCAACAACUUCCACCAUUAUUCUCUGUGUGAAACUGACAAAUUCUGUGGUACCAAAGAAAUGGUUCUACUAGAUGUUAUUCUGUAAGCUGCUGUGAAAUUCUUUGCUUCAUCCAGUUUUAGAUAAGUACUCUCAUAAUGCUUGGAUUUAUUUUAGUAAAUUUAAAUUAGUUCCGUCCAAAAAUAUUAUAUUCUGUGUUUCCAUUUUUUGUGCCAUGGAAAUAUAAUAUGGCAGAUGGGUUUAGACCAGAUCUAGAAGUGUAGAUGCUUCUUAUAUAUUUAUGCGAUAAAAAGUGGAAUGUUCUAUUUUCUCUAUUUAGAUUUUAAAAGUGACAACUGAAAUGUAAACCUAUUCAUCCGAUAUAAGCUCUGUGAAAGUGGGCUAACUCACUUGUAAUCGGAGUAGAGAAUAAACAAUUCAAUCAUUCACUUACAUUCAAGUAGGCACAAAUACAUUAAACACACACAAAAAAUUAUGCAAUGUCCCAAAAAAAUGAAGCAAUGUGUAAAAUUGGUGCAAUGGCAGCUAACUCAUUAUAUUGAUAUGAUUUUUAAUUAAUUAAUUGUUUAUGUUCAGUAGCAUUAAAAAGUGUAUCUUCAAGUUGGUGUUAACAGUUCCGUUUUGAGUAAUUUUCUCCAGGUAAAAUCAUUUUUGUAAUACUAACGUACGUAAAUCGGGUAUUUUUUAAGAUUUAGUGUUGUUAGUGUUAGUUAUUAUUAUAUUUGUGUUCAUAAUAAUUUAUCAACUUUGUUCCUAAAGUAGACAAUUUUUAAACCUUUUGUUUGUAUAUUAUAAUUAGCUGACCUUAAGAAUUUCUGGAAUUUGUCAUUGAUUCAUUGUGGUUUAAUGAUGAUGUCGUAGUAGUUCACUUUUAUUGCUCUCUGUCAACAUAUUAGGUGCUAACGACUCCUCUCCUGUGUGAUUUCUGUUGUUUUAUACACUUAAGCAGUGGCUCAAACCACAAUGAGAAGGGUUGUGAUGUUCUUAAGCAAAAUGUGGGAUAAAAAUUAAAAUAAUACCUUGCACUCACUGGUUAAAGGCAAUUAAUCUUAAGUAUCAAUGAUUCAGAGUUUUAUUAAUCAAUAUAAUGCUAGGAAAACAUGUGGCAGUUAUUAAAAGUUAAUUAGUUUACAAUUGUCUCAGUUUACACAAAAUGUAUCGAUUUUUUACAAUUAAAAUAUGCGAUGCUAUCAAUGUUUGUAACUUUAGAUUUAUGUUUAGUUAUAAGUGAAUUUUUAACAUGACAACAAGAAUGAACAAGAGCAGUAAAUGCCUUGGAAGCAUUUAAGAGUACCCUACAAACUCAAAAUGUUUCGGAGUGUCUCUGGGUGUACGUUUGUUUAUUGUGUAAUAUUCAACUCAAUUUUUAUGUGUUAAUGUAAUUUUUUAUACAUUAGUGUUGUUGGAAUCAUGUAAUUUGUAAUAUUGUAAAAAACUAUUUUAUUAAAUUAAAAAUUUUAUUUAUAUUUUA